AUGAACACGGCCCAACAGAAGAUCAUUCUUGUUGUGUGCCGCACCAUCUGCGAAAUAGAGGUUCAGAGAAUGGCCGGGGCAAGGGCAUCUGAUGAGUCAGGGAGGAACUGUGGAAAUGAGACAGCGCGAAAGCCUCCCGAGGAACUUUUACCAAACAUUCGCUUUGAGAGUGACAGUGAUGAUGAAGAUAUGGUCAAACAAACAAGGACAUUGCCUCCAGCCCCAAAGAUAAAAGGACCAAACUUUGAUAUUCAGUCUGCAAUAAAGAGAAGGGUUCAAAAGCCUGAACCUCACAAGCAGAUGACAAACCCAGAACCCAGACGGUCUGUGACAAGUCCUGAGCCCAGAUGGUCCGUGACAAGUCCUGAGCCCAGACGGUCCGUGACAAGUCCUGAGCCCAGACGGUCUGAAAUAAGUCCCGAACCCAGUCGGUCUAUGGCAAGUUCUGAACCACAACGACGAGAUGAAAGUCAAAGACAGACAGGAACUACUUUAAGUGAUCUUGCUCCUCUUCUGUAUAGACUUCUCUCAAAUCAAGAAAUGAUGAUGGAUCAUCUCAAGAUUAUUCUAAUGACCAUGCAGAAAACAGGUGAACCUGCUCGUGGACAGGAUCCCUUUGAGAGAGAUAUACUGCCGCUAAAAGAUCCUACCUCCCUGCUGGCUCUGGAAAAACGUCUGAGGGAAGAGGCUGACCUCAAAAACAAAAUGAUUACUGCAUUGAGCGUCAUUGGAGGAGUUGACAUUAAGGAUAGCGUUUGGCGGGUUAUGAAGCAUUGUUUUACUAACUCCCUUGCCAAACAACUCAACUGGCGUGGCAUCAAUGGCAAAACAGCUUUCCACAGACUGCAGCUGAAAGAUGUCAUUACUGGUAAGUGUUACAUUGUGCUGUGAUCAGUCUAAUAAGUCCAUUCUCCAUUUCAUGCA